GUAAACUACACAAAAUAAGUAUCGGUGGCUGUAUAAAUCGAUACAAUAAACAUGGCGCUCAUGAGAAGUUUGUUGUCAAAAUUAUCCUUAAUACAAAUCAGCCCUACAUAUUUGCGGCCAAAUGGAAUUGUGAACAGCAUCGUUUCUUCAAGGUAUAUCCUACAAGUUGAAAGUACUGAGAAAUGUGCAGUUCGCACGUUGCGAUCUGCGGCUUUCAAUAAUUACGAAGGAGUUAAGUUAAAUGCUGCACAACAAACUUCAGCACAACCUCAACAGGAAGUGUUAGAAAAUCAGCAUGAUUUGGAGCUUGCAGUCACUAAAGAAACUAUUACAAAAGUCAAUAAUCAGAUAAAAUCAGAUUCUCAUGGAAGGCUUUUUGCCAUCAUACAAUUGGCGGGGAAACAAAGGCGGGUAACAGAUGGAGAUCUCAUUAUGAUUGAAGGAACUCACCCUACCAAAGUGGGAGAUGUUAUUCGAGCUGAAAAAGUUCUCCUCCUUGGCUCAAGAGACUUUACCUUGUUAGGUAGACCAUUACUUCGUCCUGAUUUGGUGAAAGUGGAAGCAACUGUAAUUGAAAAGUCUCUCACACACACAAAAACAAUAUUUAAGAAGAAGAGAAGGAAGAACUACAUGAGAAUAAAUUUUUGCAGGAAUCACUUCUCCAUCUUGAGAAUUAACUGUGUUCGUCUCGAAGGGCUGGUUGAUCAACGCCCUGAAGUCGAAGGUGUGGAAGGGAGAAUAUUUUAAAUGUGAAUAAAAAUAUAGCAGAACUGGCUAAAACAAUACAUGCUAGUAAACAA